AUGCCUACGCUCGCUUAUUUCCUCGCCUUCUUCCUCACCUUCUCAGUCUCUACCGCUGCCUUUGUUCACCCCGGAGCACUUCAUACCAUUCAAGAUUUCGAGCGCAUCAAUACCCAUGUCACCAAUGGCGACGAGCCAUGGAAUAUUGUUUGGACCUUGCUGACUGAAAGCCCUUACGCGCAGUCUUCUUACCUACCAACUCCUCGGCAGACCGUGUACCGAGGCUAUAACGGGGUCAACAGCGAGAAUUACCCAGAUCUCUACAGAGAUACUGCAGCUGCAUACCAACUCGCCAUUCGCUGGAGAAUUUCCAAUGACACGACCUACGCCGAGGCCGCGGUCAACAUCCUCAAUUCCUGGGCCGUGACCUUGACGACCAUCGACGGCACCAGCGACAAGUUCCUCGCUUCUGGACUCUAUGGGUACCAGAUGGCCAAUGCCGCCGAGCUCAUGACCGACUAUGCUGGCUGGGACAGCACUAAUAAGACGGCUACUGGAACCAUGUUGACCAAUGUGUUCGCCUACAUGAACAACUUCUUUUUGGAGGACCACAAUGGACAGGAUUUUUACCACUAUUGGGCUAACUGGGAUCAGUGUAAUCUCGCCUCGCUCAUUGCUAUUGGUAUCUUCACCGACAAUCAGACUAUGAAUGACAAUGCUGUCAACUACUUCCGCACUGGGCCUUCAAAUCGCGCUCUGCCGGUUUUUGCUGUUGCCAACUACACCGAGCCUGAAAGUGGAAAGGCCCUCACACAAAGCCAAGAAUCUGGCCGGGAUCAGGGCCACUCCACGCUUGAUAUGAUGCUUGUGGGUGUUAUCGCACAACAAGUUUAUAACCAAGGCGAUGACAUGUUUACCGCUUACAGCAAUGAAAUCCUGAAUGCUACGGGGUAUACUUCAAAGUACAACGUCGGCUAUCACGUUCCCUAUAUUGCUUACGACAGUUACAUGGGCACCCAGACAGUCAUCUCCAACAGCUCGCGCGGUGAUGUCCGCCCUGGCGCCGAGUUGCUGUCGGCUCACUAUGGUCAACUGAGGGGUCUCAACUCGUCGUGGACCGAUGCCUACCGUGACUGGGUAAAUGGUAACUCGACCGACGGCGUCGAGGGAGGUGGUAGCAACUAUGGUUUUACUUCAGGCGGAUUUGAUGGCCUUGGCUUUGGCACAUUGUUGUAUCGCCUCAUUUGA